GCAGAACACCUAGUAUUUAAGCUGGCUAAUUUCAUCAAUAUAUACAAACUUGUAUUACUUCUGUAUAUUUUGUAAUCAAAAGAGAGAAGAUGAUAUCCAUGGAAGCUAAAAGUCUUAUUAUGAGUGCUCUUUUGCUGAGCCUUGUUUUGGGACAAAUUCAAGUUGAGGCAGCAACGAGUUGUUGCCCAAACGUCACUGCCAGAAAUGCCUAUAAUGUCUGUCCUUGUGCAAACUACAGUGGAUGCAAACUUAUUAAUGGGGGUACAUGUCCCACUGGUUGGACUAACGAUAUUCUCGAAAACACUGUCGAUGAAUUCUGCAAGUUGGGGUGUGCAUCCUCCGUUUGCGCUGCCAUAACCACUCUCCAAAAUUCUGAUGCAAGUGAGGUUGUGAAUGGAGCAGCUGAAAAAUGUAGCCAGGCAUGUUCUGCUUUCUGCACCAAGGCUUCUAUUAGUGCAGCUUAAUUAAACAAGCAUGCAUGCAUGUAUAUCCACAUCGAUACCAUGUAAAAAGAUGAUCAAAGGGCUAUACAUCGCUUUUCUGGCUUUCAAUAAUUCUCAUGUAGUCUGUUGUGCGAAGUUUCCUCGUGUUUGUUUGUGUACGUCUGUCUGUGUCGUAGAAGCCUAUAUCCUUCUACUUGUCGGUAAUUAGUCUCAAGAAUGGCACCACUGCGACCUACUACUUCAAGGUGCUCGUUUUGAAAUGUUGAAUAUUUUCUAGUUAAUUUGUUGACAAA